GAGAAACAUCUCACGGUCUGAGCAACGUAAAAAUAUGUGAUGUUCAAGUUUCAUGCAUUCUUACAUGCAACACCUCAGAUUACCAACACUUCUCCAGACUGAGCAGCUCGAUUUCUCAGAACUCUAAAAGCAGGAGGACAAUGUCUCGAAAAUCUGAUUACAGGGUGUUUUCCAACAUUUUUGGGGCGGCUCUCCAGGUUCGCGAAGUACCCAAAGCCGCAUCUCCUUGUGCACUUCCAGAAUUUGACAAACCAUGGAGGGCAGUGGCAUGGAGUGAAGCCAACAAACAACAGAUGUUGAGAAAACUGAAGGAAUUCCAGCCUAGCAUGCCAGACGUCAAUCAGCUCAAGAUUCUGCUUCAUGGCCCAAUUGGAACAGGAAAGUCCAGCUUCAUCAACUCUGUCAACACCGCCCUCCAAGGCCGCAACAUAGCAGCUGCACUCGUUGACUCAGCGACUGGUAAAAGCUUCACUUCCAAGUUCAAAAUCCAUAGGCUGAAGAAAGAUGGACCAGGAUCUUACUAUCCAUUUGUCUUCUCUGACAUCAUGGGUCUGGAACCAGGCAGUUCAGAGGGGGUCCACACAGAUGAUAUAAUCAGCAUAUUAGAGGGCCGUGUGAGAAAUGGUUACAUAUUCAAUCCUGUCUGUCCACUUGACAAAGAACACCCUAAAUACAACAGCAACCCAAGCCUGAAGGACAAAGUUCACUGUCUGGUAAGUGUUCUACCAGCAGACAAAAUCUCCAUGAUGACCGACGAAGUGAUCAAGAAGAUGAAAAUUGUUCGGGAAAAAGCUCGUAACUUGGACAUACCCCAAGUGGUCAUUAUGCCCUUGGUGGAUAGUGCAUGUCCAUUAGUCCAAGAAUGCCUGAAUAAGAUCUACACCAGCAAGAAAAUCAAAGAGAAGAUGCAGGAGUGCAGUAACAGAUUGGGCGUCCCAAUGAACUGCAUCUUCCCCGUGAAGAACUACAGCGAGGAGGUUACCAAUAACUUGUAUAUGGAUAUUCUGAUUCUGAUGGCUAUAACAGAUAUCAUUAUGUUUGCCAAUGACUACGUAGAAGAGCAGAUUUAUGCAGACACUGAAUGA